CGCUCUCCGUGUGAUGCGUCGAGUGAUGCGAGCUUGUGCGAUCGCUUCUUGGAUGCAGCAUCCGUUUUUCACGGUACAAGUAAGGGAGGUGACCCAAUCGAUAUUAGCAUACAAAACCCAGCUCACAUCUACAGGACUGUGACGGUAGCCAUGCAUGGCCUGUAAACAGCAUAUCAUGGCUCACAGGAAGAGGCCAGGAACGAAUCAGGGAGGAAGCAGUAUGGCUGAGCCUCUCCCCCGGCCCUGCCCCGCCCCCUUCCCUUCAGAGUCACAUGACAGGAAGCUACCCGUGCGGUCCCACCCAGCUUCGUAUCCUAAAGACUCACAUGAUCAGGCCCAUGUCCAACCAGAUGAAGGGGCAGAGCCACAUUACUGUGGCCAAUUGGAUGCAGAGCUGACAGCCCACCGGCCGGCCACUCCUUCUACACCUGACCACCAGUGUGAGCAGUCCCACGACCAUGACCACGCCCACGACCACGCCCACUCAGACUUCCGUGGUCGAGCGGACAGCUUGGACGGAGACUCCAGCUCUGACUACGUCAACAACACAUCGGACGAGGAGGAAGACUACGAUGAAGGCUUGGCGGAGGAGGACGAGGGUGUGACCUAUUACAUCCGCUACUGUCCCGAAGACGACUCCUACAUGGAGAGCGUGGACUGUAGCCGCGGCGACUGUAGCAGAGGGGACUGUAGCCGUGGCGACUGCAGGGCUGCGGUGGAACCUGUUGCAGACACAGACGAAUGUCAGGAGGCUGUAGAAGAGUGGGAGGAGGGGGAGGGCGAGGAGAGGGAGGUGGGGGAGGUUGUAGAGCACUGGGUGCAGGAGGGACGAGGGGGGGAUGAUGAGUUGAGGGAGGAGUGGGUGGAAGAGGAGGGAGAGGGGGAGGAGGAGGAGGUGAGAGAGGAGUGGGUCGAGGGAGAGGGGGAGGAGGAGGAGGUGAGAGAGGAGUGGGUUGAGGGAGAGGGGGAGGAGGAGGAGGUGAGAGAGGAGUGGGUCGAGGGAGAGGGGGAGGAGGAGGAGGUGAGAGAGGAGUGGGUCGAGGGAGAGGGGGAGGAGGAGGAGGUGAGAGAGGAGUGGGUCGAGGGAGGGGGGGAGGAGGAGGAGGUGAGAGAGGAGUGGGUCGAGGGAGAGGGGGAGGAGGAGGAAGAGGCUGAGGUGAGGGAGCAGUGGGUGGACCGAGAGGGGGAGGAGGAGGAGGAGGGGGAAGUACGCUGUGAGGUGGUGGAACAGGAUGCAGAUCAACAGAUCUACGAUGGACGGCCUGAGCCAGUCUUGGACCACCACCAUCCAAGCCCCGCCCCUAUGCAGCAGACCCCGCCCAGGGAGGAGGAGGAGGAAGAGGAGAGCGAGGAGUACCUUCCCAAUGAAGAGGAGGAGGAGGGAGAGGGGCGGGGCUACACAGAGGACUACUACGUCCCAGAGGCCAAUGGGAACUGUGUGGGUGUGUCCCCAUACCGGGGGAGGCAGGUGGGGGAAGGAGGGGAGAUGGGGGAGGAGGCUGAGGAGGACAUUGACCUGAUUGUGGCAGAGAUCAAGAUGAGUAUGAGUAUGGGCAGUCUGAGCAGUGGUACCGACCACAGCCCAGAGGAGCUGGCUCACGACUCCGCCCCUGCUAACUACCCUCCCCCUGCACUACCCCCUGCCAAACCCUCUCCUGCCCCCGGCCCCUACCCGCCGCCCCACCGCCACGACAGCCGGCCAAAGUCCCUGAACCUGCCCUCCACACGCCACAACAACCCAGACCUUCAGAGGGGCUUCAAGGUGCGGGCGAGUACCCCUGAAGACCGUCCACACCGGGCCCAGGAACAGGUGACCAACGGCCCAGAGCAGCAGCCAACCAGAAAGCAAAAUCGUUCCGAUCUCAACCUUCCUUUGGAGAACAACAACACUCCAGAGCAAACUAAGAAGGCGGCGGCAUUCCCCAGCUUUGUGGAUGUGCCGGGACCAUGUGAGCCAGAGGACCUGAUUGAUGGGAUCAUCUUUGCUGCUAACUACCUGGGCUCCACCCAGCUGCUGUCAGAGAGGAACCCCUCCAAGAACAUUCGCAUGAUGCAGGCCCAGGAGGCUGUGAGCAGGGUGAAGAGGGUUCAGAAGGCUGCCAAAAUCAAGAAAAAGGCGAGCCCAGAGGGAGAUGGACAGAGCCUGACGGAGGUGGACCUGUUCAUCUCCACACAGAGGAUCAAGGUCCUCAAUGCUGACUCACAGGAGACGAUGAUGGACAAUGCGUUGCGUACCAUCUCGUACAUCGCUGACAUUGGGAACAUUGUGGUCCUGAUGGCUCGGCGCCGCAUGCCCCGGACCGCCUCCCAGGACUGCAUAGAGACCACGCCAGGGGCACCCGACACCAAGAAACAGUACAAGAUGAUCUGCCACGUCUUUGAGUCUGAGGACGCCCAGCUGAUCGCCCAGUCCAUUGGCCAGGCCUUCAGCGUGGCCUAUCAGGAGUUCCUGAGAGCCAAUGGCAUUAACCCUGAGGACCUUAGCCAGAAGGAGUACAGUGACAUCAUCAACACACAGGAAAUGUACAACGAUGACCUCAUCCACUUCUCUAACUCGGAAAACUGUAAAGAGCUCCUAGUGGAGAAGCAGAAGGGGGAGAUGCUGGGCGUGGUCAUCGUGGAGUCUGGCUGGGGCUCCAUCCUGCCCACGGUCAUCCUGGCCAACAUGCUCAAUGGCGCCCCCGCUGCCCGCUCUGGGAAGCUCAGCAUCGGAGACCAGAUCAUGUCCAUCAACAACACCAGCCUGGUGGGCCUGCCCCUCGCCACCUGUCAGGGCAUCAUCAAGGGUUUGAAGAACCAGGUGCAGGUGAAGCUGAACAUUGUUAGCUGUCCUCCCGUCACAACUGUCCUCAUCAAGAGACCCGACCUCAAGUACCAGCUGGGCUUCAGUGUACAGAAUGGCAUCAUCUGCAGUCUGAUGAGGGGGGGCAUCGCUGAGCGAGGGGGGGUCAGGGUAGGACACCGCAUCAUUGAGAUCAACAGCCAGAGUGUGGUGGCCACGGCACACGAGAAGAUCGUCCAGGCACUGUCCAACUCUGUAGGCGAGAUUCACAUGAAGACAAUGCCGGCCGCCAUGUUCCGCCUCCUAACUGGCCAGGAGACACCCAUGUACAUAUAAGGAUAUCUCUGCUUCUCCCGAGGAUCUGUGAAUUGUUACAAGAACUUUGAUGGACAUGACGGACUGACCAAUGACAUGCCGAGGACAGCUUCACUUCCUGUGGGCAGGAAGAGACUUCUUUCUCUUCAUCUUCUUCUCUGCUGAUGACUUGUUGACUUCUACCAUUAUUCCUCAAUCCCUGCUCUAACACCAGGCAUACUCCGAGAUAGAGAAUGUUAACCUUAUUUAUUGGUUGUUGUUUGUUUGUUGUCUGUGCUUUGUUAGUCCUCUGAGUGAGGAACAGGAAGUGAGUGAAUGAAUGAAUGCAUUGAUUUUUUUUAAUCCACAUAAAUGUAAUUAGUUCCUGUGUGUCAGCGUACUUCCUGUGUAUUUUAUUGUAUUUCUUGGUGAUGUAAAUAUAUUAUGUGCUAAUGAGGGGGAUGGAUUUUGCAGGUCAUGGGGGAAUGUGUACUGAAUGUCGGGGUAGAGGAGGAAAGAAGGGAGGAGAGUAAAGAUAAGGGUGUGGAAGUCGGAGGAGAGAAGAACUCGACAGAGAGACAGUUCAGCACUGCUGUCAUCAUAGUUUAGAUGUACUGUAAAAGAGCCGGCUUGGGAUUGAACCCGGGUACUUUCCCCUUGCUCAGCAGAUCCACAUCACAUUAGACCAAGGUUAGCAGGUGAAGGUCCGAGUGAUUAAAGGCCAUAUCCUUCAGAUGAGGGCAAUACUGAAGUUCAACCUUACUAUGACCAUGUCAUUGUAAUGGUUGUGCAAGUCUCUUUUUUAAAUCCCCAUGUAUGUUGGCAACCAUUUUGUUGAACAGCACAUUCUCACAUAAGUAGGUUUGAACUAUUGUUUAAGCUUCUUUGAAUUCAAAUCAGUGUUUGAAACUUGAAAGAAUAUUUUCUAUGUGUGCUAUACUGUACCACAGUAACUUUAUCAAGUUAUUCUGUCUCAAACAGAAGCUAUUGUUCUGACUGAGUGUUGAGUGUGUCGUUGUGUGAGUGGGUGUUGAGUGUGUCGUUGUGUGAGUGGGUGUUGAGUGUGUCGUUGUGUGAGGGGGUGUAGAGUGUGUCGUUGUGUGAGGGGGUGUACAGUGUGUCGUUGUGUGAGUGGGUGUUGAGUGUUGUCAUGAGUGGGUGUUGAGUGUGUCGUCUUGUGAGUGGGUGUUGAGUGUGUCGUCUUGUGAGUGGGUGUUGAGUGUGUCGUCUUGUGAGUGGGUGUUGAGUGUGUCGUUGUGUGAGCUGUGCCCAUUGCCAUUGCUAGAAUGUGUGUAAAUAAAGAGAAUCUCAUCUAGUAUUGUGCUCAAGUAAGGCCCCCUGUUCUGUAUACUGAAAAUAUCUUCAUUUCCUGUUUGAGCAUUGACAGAAUGAAAGCUGAGCUUCCCACUGUGACUGAGUGAGCCUGGCCACUAGACAAGGCUCCUGGUUCAACUUCAUUGUACUGAACAUUAGAAAACGUAACCAUACAUUUAUCUAUGUGCAUGCCUCUUAAGAUAGUGUCACGUCAAUGAGACAAGAUAAUAAAACAUUAAAUAAAACCCACUGAAAUGUGUCUGGGUCAGUGUAACAUUUUAGGUGUCUGAUGAGAACGUUUUGUCUUUUGGUUGUAUUGUUUCAUUGAAAGGCAUUAUUCUACAGUACUGAUUCUUCUAUGUGAAUACCAGAGAAUCGGUGUAAGGAACAUGUUGCAAGUUUCUUAUUCUUUACCACCCCCUUGUGGCAGCAGUUGGAAAGUGUAUAAAGUAACAUUGGGGACAUCAA